AUGUGUUGCAAUGGAGGAAAAGUCUCUUUGCCCCAAGUAAAUGCUCCUCAGGAAUUAUUAGACAUCUUCUUAGACCCUUCUGCAGAAGGGAACCAUUUUAGGAAACACAUUCGUGGUUACAAUCAUGUUUUUUCAUUCACUUCGUGUGGUGUACACAUAGACGAACAAUUAGCUUCAGCAAGUCAUGGUAUAUAUACAUUCCGUGCUCAAGGAUCAAUUCAGCUUGCACAACGACUAGAUGUGCAAGAGUGUAGUUUGGUGAUCAGAGAGCGACCUGCUAAUCAACCACAAUACAGUCUCCCAACUGCUUCACAAGUAGCAGCCAUAAUAGUCGAUGAUGAUAUUGAAACAAUGGUGCGAGGAUGGGAUAUCAAGGUUCAAACUCAUGCUGGUAACCUCAGAAGGAUUCAAGAGUUUGUUGGGCAUUACGAUCCACUACAAUAUCCUCUUCUUUUUCCAUUUGGAACCCAUGAAUGGGAUAUAAAUACUCGAACUCAACAUGGAAACAAAGUAUCAUGCCGGACAUAUUAUAGCUAUAUGCUCCAGAUCCGCCCCAAUGAUCACUCAACAGUUUUGCAAGCGGGGCGACUUCUUCAACAAUAUGUUGUUGACAACUAUGUGAAAAUGGAAACAGGCAAGUUAAGAUGGGUUCGACAAAGACAAAAGGAACUUCGAGCUGAACUGUAUCAAGGCUUGCAAGAUGCUUUGCACACGGGAGAGAAUAAUGCUGAAAAUGUUGGCAGAAGAACGAUAUUACCAUCGUCGUUCGUGGGCAGUCGUCGAGACAUGACUCAACGGUACGAGGAUGGAAUGGCUAUUGUUCUUAAAGAAGGCAAACCGGAUAUUUUUCUAACUAUGACAUGCAAUCCAUCAUGGUCAGAAAUAGCUUCGGAACUCAGUCCUACUCAAACUCCACAGGAUCGUCCGGAUCUAACAACUAGGAUUUUCAGAGCCAAGUUCGAACAAUUAAAGCAGGAUGUUAUUACCAAAGGUGUAUUGGAAAAGGUGAAAAGUUAUAUUUAUGUCACCGAAUUUCAGAAAAGAGGAUUGCCACACGUACAUAUGUUGCUAAUCUUAGAAAACAAUGACAAGUUGAGUGAUCCUGACCAAUAUGAUAGUUUGGUCCGAGCAGAAAUACCAUGUAAAGAAACAGAACCCCACUUACAUGAGGCAGUGCUAAGGCAUAUGGUCCAUGGUCCUUGCGGAACACUAAAUCAAUUUUCACCGUGCAUGAAGAACGGUCAAUGUAAAUGCAACUACCCAAAAGAGUUCGUACCAGAGAUACGACAAGGUGAUGACUCAUAUCCUCAAUAUAGGAGGCGAUUUGAUACUCCAAUCCCUAUAAACCAAAAUGUCACAAUUGACAAUAGAUGGGUGGUUUCGUAUAACCCUUGGCUACUACUGAAGUAUGAUUGUCAUAUCAAUGUAGAGAUAUGUAGCAGUAUCAAGAGGAUAAAAUAUCUAUACAAGUAUUGCUAUAAGGGACCAGACCGUGUGGCAAUGGAGGUUCACAGAAUUUUUCAUUAUGAUGAGGUGCAACAGUUCAUUGAUGCAAGAUGGAUUGCCGCUCCAGAGGCAUGUUGGAGGAUAUUUAGAUUCAACCUUUACUGA